AUGAUUGACAGUGUGUUCUUCAUUUUCAAUCGCCUGGUCGAGAUCGUCUUUUUGAUCCCGAUCAUUGGCAUGCUAGCCUAUUUCGUCGAUGGCUACAUCAAAGCAAACAUGUUGACCCCAUCCUACAUCCUCGUCCUCUUCAUUGUCAGCACGAUCGCCAUCUUUUGGGCCGCCGACACUCUAAUCCGCCUCUCAACCACCAAACGCUCCGCGAUCUUCGUCGCCUGCAUCGAUCUCUGCUUCUUCGGCGCCUUCGUGGCAGCCGUCUACCAACUGCGCUUCAUCGCAAACGCCGACUGCGCAAGCUGGAAUGGCGGCUCCGUCUGGAUCUCCCUGGGCCCAUUCGGCUCAUACGGCCAGCGCACAAAUAACCCGCUUUCGCUGAAUGUCAACAAGACCUGCGCGAUGCUCAAGGCUUCCUUCGCGAUCGGCAUUAUGGAGGCGGUGUUCUUCUUCUGGACUGCGUUUAUUGCGAUGUGGUUGCACCGCACUCAUCGCGAGGUCGUUGUUAAGGAGACGACGGUCCGCAGACGCAGCCACUCCAGUCGUCGCCACGGCUCCGGUUCUACCAAUAUGGCUGUGACAAAACACCUUCGAGAUCCUCCACCAUUGGAUGAGCUCGCCGCAGUCAUUGAGAAAGCACUACUCUCCAACUUCAAGACCGCAAGUGCAGCAGUUGUCGAAUGCCCCGAUCUGACACAACCACCCUUCAACCUCGCUGCAUCUGGGCUUUCUGGAAAUCCUCGCAUUGCAGACAUAGGCGGACAAGGACAUCUAUUCCCCCGACCAAUCCUCGAGGCAAAGUACUCACUUCUCCAUCUGGCCCGGGAUAUGGAAAUGUCUCCCAAUGCAGGAUUUGUGCUCGGAGCAGGAGCCGCUCCAUUCCAGGACAUUGGCCUGAACGCCGAACUGGCGCCCAAUCUCUGCUGGCGGGCUAAUGACCAGACGGGUAGCUUCGACAAUCCCAGCUCAAUGUCUAUACAUAAUGGCUCACGCGUGAUCAAAGUCAACGAAUCUCGCGAAUCGGUAUGCGAGCAAGCCCGAACCACGAAUUGUGCAUUAAUGGUCAAUCUGUACGGGUCGGAUGGAGAGACCGGCCCGGUUCUCAAGAUCAAGGCUAAGACACGGACGGGUGUCAUGAACUUUCCAGACUGUAUACGGUCUGGUCUACGAGAUGUCUACGGUGAUUCCAGACCGCUUAGUCUAGGUGGUGUGUUUCUCCUUGAGUCUGGGAAAGCCAAGUUUCAUAUUAUGCCUGAUUUUCCUGCUGAAGAUCAGUUGCCAUUUAGAGAUCGGACGCAGCUGGAGAGGGAAUGGCUGGUUUAUCAUGUAUUCGAAGCUCCUGUCGUUUGCUUGACUGUGAUGCAUAGUGCAGAUCCGGAGGGACUGGGAUUGAGGAUGGAGCAUACUCACUGCUUUGAGGCCGGGGACCGAAAGGGUGGGCACUAUCAUUAUGAUGUCCCUGGGGACGAUGAGGUCGGGUAUGAGGCUUAUUUCAAUGUGGCAUCUGUGGUGUAUAGGAUUGAUCAACCGGUUUGA